AUGAUAAGAUAAUGGCAACCUAUAUAAGGUACGGAGAAGUCGAUGGAGCUUUUAGUUUUUAUUCUAAGAAAGUGAAAUUGUUGUUAAAAAUGGAAAAUAGAUAUUUCCUUGUCUUUGUACUUUUGUCGUCAGUCCUCGUUGCGAGUGGACAAGUUGUUCUUAACUGCAACUAUGAUCAUUUAUCAGUUAAUGGAGCAGUUGGAUAUGGAUGUGAUUUGAAAAAUGUACGAGUUGACAGAGAGACUGAUCGUAUAAUUGUAAUGGGUGAUCAUCAGCCAGGCAUGACAAACAAUGACGUCGUUAGAUUGACAAUUAUGAACUCUCAAACAGGCUUUAUCAUUACACAACUUUUUACACAAUUCCCCAAUCUUCAUCAAUUGGAAAUAUCGAAUGGUGGACUUCAAAGAAUUCAACCGAAUGCCUUUGUUCUUGCAAGAAACUUGAGAAGUUUAGUUAUUCAGGGAAAUAACCUUAUUGUUCUUCAAGCUAAUUCCUUCAAUCACAUGAUGGUCUUGGAUACACUCAUUUUACGAUCAAACAACAUCCAACUUAUGGAUGCAAAUACAUUCGUUGGCUUAACAAGUUUGAGAUACUUGUUUAUCAAUAAUGAAGGAAUUAGAAUGAUUCAACCAAACACAUUCAGACCAUUGACAAGCCUCGUUAUGUUAUCAUUGGGAUCUAAUCAUAUUGAACGCGUUGAUGCUGAAAUGCUCGUCAAUAAUCGACAACUUCACAGCGUAUUUUUGGAAAAUAAUAAUAUUAAUGCUAUCCAGCCAACAAUCAUCAAUAACAUCAACAGCAUUCAAAUCCUUUCAUUGAGCUCCAAUCCAUGUAUAAACCAUGUUAUCAUUCCAAGAGCUGCAUCCUCUGACGAUAUCAAUGAAAUGUUGAACAAGUGCUACGCAAAUUGGCACUAAGCUUUAAUUAUAUCGUUUGAUAUCUUUUACAUUUAAUAUAUCCACAUCUUAUGCUGCUAUGCUGAGUGCCUUCUAAAUCUUGCGUUUUCGGUAUACUAGUGAUCUAUGCAUUGUUGCUAAAUGUGUCAAUUUUCAAUAAGGUUUGAUUACUUACACCUGAGCCGACCUGGAAAAAAUCGAUGUUGCCCCUCAGCAUUAUACACAAUUAAACAACACCUUAGUAUGCCGCAGACCAUAAUAGUUUAGAAGACAUUGCUAUAAACUUAUUAUAUGUAUUACUUUAAUCAAUAAGCAAGAUGUAAUAAAAAUAAAAUCAGUUUAUGCCUGU